GGGAGGAAGGGUGGGCGUGGCGAGCGGGAGUGGGCGUGGCGGGCAGGGGGAAGGCGAAGGGCGGCGGGAAGCGGCAGCGGCGCGCGGGGCGCCUCGUGCGUGCGACAGUGACGUGGGGCCCGGCGGGACUGAACCAUUUCCGGCCAUGCCCUCCCCCCGCUGCCUCCGCUGCCCGGCCCCCUCCUCCCUCCGCCGUCCCCGCACGGGCGAAACCCUCUGCCGCCGCUGUUUCGUCGCCGCCUUCGAAGAUGAAGCUCACCGCGCCGUCGCCGCCGCCGCCGCCCCCUCCCCCUCCUCUCCCCGCCCCCCUUCCGCCCCGAAAAGCGGCGAAACCGUUGCCGUGGCGGCGUCGGGCGGGAAAGAUUCCACCGUCCUGGCGCAUCUUUUAUCCCGCUUGGACCGUCGCCACGGUUACGGGUACCGCUUGAUGCUCUUGGCGGUUGACGAAGGCAUCGCCGGGUACCGGGAAGCUUCGUUAAGGGCAGUGCGGCGGGGGAGGGGCGCUCUACCUUUAUUGGUCGUUUCCCACCGGGAUCUUUUCGGUUGGAGCGUGGACGAGGUGGGGGCGGGGUUGGGGGGCGGCAGCCGUUGUACUUUCUGCGGGGUUUUUCGUCGCCAGGCGUUGGAGAGGGGGGCCAGGGCGUUGGGGGUCGACUGGAUCGCUACUGGUCACAACGCCGAUGACAUCGCUGAGACGGUGCUGAUGAACUUCCUGCGCGGGGACGUGGCCCGGCUGCGGCGAGCGGCCACCGAGGCCACCGGGACCCCGGGGACCCCUGCGGGGGCCACCAUGGCUCCAGGGGAGGCCACGGAGGCCACCACGAGCCCCGCAGGGACCUCAAAGAGUUCCGGGACCACCGAGAACCCCACGGAGGCCACCAAGAACCCCAUGGGGACCACCAAGAACCCUGUGGAGACCACCAGGAGCUCCAUGAAGGUCCCUGUGGGCUCCAUGACCACCGAGAACCCCAUGGAGACCACCAAGAACCCCAUGGGGACCACCACGAGCUCCGUGGAGACCACCAUGAGCUCCACGAAGGUUUCUGAGGACUCUGUGACCACCACAAGCUUUACGGGGACCACAAAGACCCCCCCAGAGGCUGCCACGAAGCCCAUGGAGACCACCACAAGCUCUAUGAACAUCCCUGGGGGCUCCGUGACCACCAAGAAUUUCAUGGAGACCAGCGCAAGCCCCAUGGAGACCACCACGAAGCCCAUGGAGACCACCACGAGCUCCAUGAACAUCCCCACGGACUCCGUGACCACCAAAAGCUCCACAGCGACCACCAAAAACCCCCCGGAAACCACCACGAGCUCCGUUGAGACCACCAAAAAGAUCCCAAAGACCACCGCCCGGCAUCCCAAGGCCACCAAAGACCCCGCGGCCAACCAGCAGGUCCCAGUGGCCACCCCGUGGCCAGCCGUGCCCCGUUGCAAGCCCUUGAGACACGCCUACGAGAAGGAAAUCGUCCUCUACGCCUACUUCGAAGGGUUGGACUACGUCAGCACCGAGUGCGUCUACGCCCCCCACGCCUACCGUGGCCACGCGCGGAACCUUCUCAAAGACUUGGAAGCCACCAGGCCCAGUACGGUGGCCGCUUUGGGUCAUUCGGGUCGACGGCUAGCGGUGGCUACCGAGGUGGCCACCAAAACGUUGGGGGCGUGUGGACGUUGCGGCUUCGCCGCGAGUCAACCGCUCUGCAAGGCGUGUGUCCUCCUGGCUUCACUCGAGCGUGGGCUACCUCGGUUGGGGUUGGGCAAGCGGUCGCUGGAGUUGGCUAGCGGUAGCGGCGGCUACCGGGAUGACGGUGGUGAAGGUGGUGGUCACGGAGAUGAUGGCCGUGGGGUUGGUGGCCAACGGGAUGAUGGUCAUGGGGUUGGUGGCCGUGGAGAUGGUGGCCACGGGGUUGGUGGCUACUGGGAUGGUGGUCAUGGGGUUGGUGGCCAUGGAGAUGGUGGCCAAUGGGAUGAUGGUCAUGGGGUUGGUAGCCAUGGAGGUGAUGGCCAUGGAGAUAGUGGCCAACGGGAUGAUAGUCAUGGGGUUGGUGGCCACAGAGAUGAUGGCCAUGGAGUUGGUGGCCAACAGGACGAUGGUCAUGGAGUUGGUGGCUGUGGGGCUGGUGGCUGUGGACUUGGUGGCCAACUGGACGAUGGUCAUGGAGAUGGUGGCCGUGGGGAUGGUGACCAUGGGGGUUGUUGUCAUGGGGCUGGUGGCCACGGGGUUUGUAGCUACAGGGUUGGUGGCCACGGGGCUGGUGGCCACGAGGGGACAUUGGAGCUCGGGGAGGACGUUGGUGGCGGGACACGUCAUCAUGGCGAGUUGGGACAGAGAAAAACCAUCCCCAGGGAUGGUCACUGUUGGGCUAGUAGAUGUUGUGGUGGUGGCCACGGGGUUGGUGGCCACCGGGGGACACGGGGGCCGGGGCAGGCCGGGCUUGGUGGCCCACGUAGCUAUGGGGCAAGUGACCACGGGGAGGUGGAGCCGGGAGCAGAGGCUCCUCCAGUUGGUGGCCACGGGGCUAGUGACCACCAAAGUGAUGACCAGGAGGUUGGUGACCACCAAAGCGGUGGCCCCACGAACCCAGGGCACGUUUUGGGGGGUCGUUACGGAGACGUGGGGCGGGAGGGGGUGGAGGUGGAGGUGGUGGGCGCGGGGGGGCAGACGGUGCGACAGCGGGUGUUGGGGUUCGGUCGGGUUCGGGGGGCCCUCAACAUCUGGGACUUCUAG